ACAUGAUGCAACAGCAAUCACAAAAACGAAAAAUUCUGACGUUUUUCUGUUUGUUUCCUUUUUUCGAGGAGUUGGGAAGAAAGAGAGAAGCAGAGAGACACACAAACUGCAACUGGGCUGCAGACGAUUUCUCAUAAUCGAGGCAGAUCGAACAUUACACUAUUUAGACAGAAGAACUCACAUCGAAACUCAUAGCGCGAGAAGAUGAAAUUCGCAACCCUCACAGUAGCCACUGUUCUGGCAUCUAGUCACUAUGCCAGUGCAUUUUCGCCAGUCAAUCGAUUCUCUGUGGCUCGACAACAGCAGAACUAUGAACGCCAUCAGCCGUUGUUUGGGAUUCUGGACGAAGUGAUGGGUGAUGAUUACAAUCUCAUGGGCAGUGAAGUUGUUGGUGAUGGCGAAGAAAAUAACGAGAUGGUACAAGCUUUUGAAAUCUUCCUCGGAGAUCUUGUGUUUUCAACAAAUGAUCCUCGCCUGGACAUCAUCGAAAACUACGAACGAGCCACUGAUCCAGAAUUUUUGAAGUGGAUGGAACAAAAGGCGGAGAACUCUAAUGAAGCCGAUGAACGCCUGGCACUUAAGGACUUGUUGGCCAUGAUCAAAGAUGUUAUUAAGAAGCAAGAAUUGACCAAAAUUCGAGAAGAACGUGAAGCGAGAGAAGCCGCCGAAGCCGAAGAACAGCGCAUCAUCGACGCUGAAGUUGUAGCAGAAGAGGGACGGCAGCUUUCUAACGCUGACCUCUUGCGGAAGGCACAAAAGAUCGAUCAGGCGUCGCAAGCUUCUGCUGAGGACCGUGCAGAAACCAAGAAGAAGUCCUUCUUUGAAGAAGAAAUAACGCCUGAAAUUCUGAUGAGCUACGAAGACACCCUGAAAGACCUUCUUCCUCCUUACAAAACCGGAACAACGCCAGCAUCUGUUGUCAUGAACAAUUAUGAUCGAUUCGACGCACAAUUUGUCAAGGUGUUGAAUGCGAAAGUCGCCGAAGGCGAUCAGGGUUGUGCAGACCUCCUCAAUGCUUUGGCCGAGGAACAAUCCAAGCGAAUUGCGAACGCGACCGAACAGUUGAAAACUGUUCUUGGUAUGGGGGAUCCCAUGAGAAUGGAAGGUGCUAUCAUCAAAAUGUGCCGUGAAGAUAAAAUCGACGAAUCCUUCCUGUUGUUGUUGGAAGUGAAUGAAAAUCAGGCUAGAGAAGCUGGUGCCAUGGGCCCAGCCGAGUUGAUGAAACGUCUCCGACUCCGUGCUGCGGAAGAAAAGGAUAAACAAGCUUCUUCGAAAGAAAUUGCUUUAAUACGUAAAUUGCUGCGUGCCGCAGAUUCGGCCGAACGGGAAAAGAUGCUAGAGGAUGCCUUUACACCUCGCGAAAACUUGUUGGUCGCAGGAACUCCGGACAACGCCGCCAAGGCAAUGGACGGAGAGGUUCCAGACCAAGAAAAACCUAUGCCUGACGUUCCUCCACCAGAUUUUAUCAAUGCCUGUAAAGCAGUUAUGUUGAACUUUGGCAACCUUCAAUACGAUGACGAGCGUGGUGAUUUGGCAUCACGCAUUAAGCAGAUUGCCUCCGAGGCCGAAGUCGUUGCCACAAGAAUUUAUGGACAAGGAAUGAGUCUACGAGACCAACAGGAUCGAAUGUGGAAGGAACAAACGACAUCAAUCUUCGAGUUGGAGCAAAUGGAACUAGAAGCCGAAGCUAAUGGCGAGAAAGCGCCAUGGGCUAGCGAUAAGGAUGAUGACGACAUGCUUCUACCUGGCUUUGACGCCCAAGGAAAAAUGACGAUUGGAGGAACUUAAUGUAGAAUUACCGAGAGCCAGCAAUUUGUUCAAACUGUGUGAUAAACACCAAUUAUCCUCGAAAAGAAACUUGAAUCCGAUCU